GGGCAAACUUUUUCCCCACAACUGAAGUAAAGUAAGCUGAUCAAGGGGGUAGCUGGCUUGUGAAGGAGGGAGAAGCGAGGAAACAGCCGCGCAUUCUGUUAAGAUUUACGUAGUUCCUAUUUUUUAGUCUCCUCUAAUGAAGAACAUCUUAGGUUUUAUAAACGAGUUAAGGCUGUUUGACUUUUAUUAGUGGAGACCCUGUUACAGUACCGAGAUUCCUUUGAGGAAGAGAACCACUCGGCAGAUUUUGGAUGAUGAAGCUCAGUCAUCGGUACAUCCUUUAAAAUUUAAAGCUGGUGUGUGCAGUUUUAGGAGCAGCUCACAAUGGGACCAUUCACAACUCCUAAAAAGGGAAGGGAAGUAGCUUCUGUCGAUCCCUGGACGCCAACCUCCAACCUUAAAAUGCUCAUCAGUGCUGCCAGUCCUGAGAUCAGGAACAGAGAAAUGGAGCAGAGUGUGGAAACUGAUGAGCAUGAUGCUCUUGAGCCUUCACAGGACUCUGAAAAUGGAGACGAGUCAGAGAAAAUGAUAAGCAGGAAAGACAAGAGUUUAGGGUUGCUCUGUCACAAAUUUCUGGCCCGAUACCCAGAUUACCCAGACUCGGCCUUCAGUGACAUCUGCCUCGAUGAUGUUGCCACGGAGCUCAACGUGGAGCGCCGGCGCAUCUACGACAUCAUGAAUGUGCUGGAGAGUCUUCACAUGGUAAGCCGCUCGGCAAAGAACCGCUACACUUGGCACGGUCGGACCAAGUUGGCCGAGACCCUCGCCAUCCUGAAGCAGGUGGGCGAGGAACACAGGUACAGCCAGCAGAUGCAGCAGAUCCGUCAGUGUGUUCUGGACAGGGAGUUUGACCUCGAUGGGGAGGAGAAAGAGAACGAGGAGGUGGUCGACACGGACAGCGGGGAGCAGGCUCAGAAAGAGCUCUUCUUUGUUGAGCUCCCAGGAGUCGAGUUCAAAGCAGCCUCUGUUAACAGUAGGAAGGAUAAAUCUCUGCGGGUGAUGAGCCAGAAGUUUGUCAUGCUCUUCCUGGUGUCAAAUCCACGUGUGGUCAGUCUGGACAUUGCUGCCAAGAUCCUCAUAGGAGAGGACCACGUCACAGAUCAGGACAAGAGCAAGUUCAAAACUAAAGUUCGCCGAUUGUACGACAUUGCCAACGUGCUGCGGAGCCUGAAGCUCAUAGAAAAAGUCCAUGUGACCGAAGAAAGGGGGCGGAAGCCGGCCUUUGAGUGGAUCGGCCCUGAGGAGUUCCCACAAGUUAAAGACUUGCCAAACCGCUUGGGGGAUUGCCCACCCAAGAAAAAAAGAGUCCUGGAGUCUGUAGACAACUGUGCCAAAAACCUGUUUUCCUCACCGGGAGCCAAGCGCAGCUUCACCCGACACCCUUCCCUCAUGAAGCUCGCCAAGAGCAUUCAGGAGGACCGACGCAAGAUCAACUCAGCCCCCAGCAGCCCCAUCAAGUGUCCUCUCAGCGACUCGUCUAACGUCGACUUUCCAAGCAAAAUGGCCCAACUUGCUGCUAUUUGUCAGAUUGAACUUGAUCAGCGGUCAAUACCCACAGAAACUCCUAAACCUGCUGCUACUCGGGGAGACUCUCCUGCUGAGACGUUACAACAAACAACCUCUGCUUCCGUGGAACAACCGAAGACGCCUCAGCUAAUUCCAACUCUAGAGCCUGGAGUCAACACUAUCCACCUCACCCCCCAAGCACUAUUAGCAGGACACCCCACAGGCCCUGUUACCCUCAUCCCUGCACAGUGUUCCUCCUUGAUUCCCGUCCUGCUGCCUCAGCAACGGGGGGGCGGGCCCUAUGCCGUCUAUGUGCACCCUCCCUCUCUCAGGUCAAACCCUCUGUCCAGGCCACAGCCGACGAGCCUCGCUGUGCGCUCAAUGACGUUUGAGGAGAAGACUGGACAAAGUCCAACCGGCCCGUCUGCAGCUAAGAACCAGGCGGCUGAGGUUUGUCCUACGGGGCUUAAGCGACGGUGUUCAGACGCUACAUCAGAAAGUAGUCCCUCUAAAGCAAGGAGAUCCGGCUCCACCUUUAAGGACUCGUCUCCAAAGCUCUGUGAGAUCCUGCAGGCCCGUCUGAAAACACGUCGAGGGACUCCGCUCACCAGUCGGCCUUCACCUCGUGCGCUCCACCUGGAUCCAGAGUUCGUUAACACCCCUGAGAGCUCUGGAGCCAGUCAGGCCCUGGAGCACAGUUUGGAGAACCUCCUGGACAGGGAGGACAGGACGGCCAACUCGGACAGCGAAGUGGGUUUCACAUCUGUUCGGGUGUUGCCCUUAACGUCUGGACAGCUUCGCACUGAGACUUUAGUCCCAGCUGGAUAUCUGAUCCCCAUUUCCCAGCAGUCCCUCAUCAGUUACAAGGAAGUGCAGAGUACAGGAGUAGAGAGCAGCAAGACAUCUCCCAACUACAUCUACCAAACUCCAACUUCAGGCCCCAGACCUGCCACAGCGCAGGAGGUGACGCCCACCAACCUCCAUCUAAAUAAACCCUCUGCUGCCUCUCCACACGCCACCCAGCAGCCCCACCGUCUCCACAGCCCGAGUCCUGCUAUCCUGAACUUCACCCUGCAGAACCUGGGUCUGAUCUCCAGUCCCUGUGGCAGCUUCACAGCCCCACACACUCCAGAGCGCACCAGCGCCUUCCCAAGUCCGCUGACUCUGCAGCAGAGAGAGAUGGUGUUCAUCAAACCCGUGUCUCCGAUGGCUGUUCAGCACACGGUGCCGGCGCAGCCUGUGACCCUGAUCAGUGUGCAGCAGUCUCUGAUGACCACCCCUAAAGGGAGCGGGCUCCCCCAGCACAGCUUCUUUCACACGCCGGUCCCCCUCUCGCCUCUGGCUGCCGUGGUAACCAACAAUGGACAACAAGCUACCAAAGCUGUUAACAUCCCCCAGAGGAAGCUGGACGUGUCCCCUGAUGACUCCUGAUCUGUAGAGGGGUGGGGCUUGUUCUUAGUGGUGAAUGGGUGUGUUUUUGUUACUCUGGUCUGUUUAACAGUUUCCAGUAUUCAUGAGCUCUGAAACAUUUCCCAGCAUCCUGAUGGAGGUGGUUGUUAUCACAGCCAUCUCUGACUUUGGCUCAGGACCAGAGGCAUUAUGGGAAAUGGCACGAACGCUACUAUAGCGCUCUGUGCGAUCCGAUGGAUUUCCCAGGCCUCGAUUAGCCUCUAGUGUUUGCACAAGAUGUUUUUUAUGGUCUGGAUGACACAAAAGUAUUUUCCUCACAGGAUCAGUUAAAGCUGCGUCAUCGCUUUAGUGAACGCGAGAUCACUUUUGCACACGUGUACAUGUUGAUGCCACCCUUGAACUAAAUAGUUAAACAUAUGUGAAUAUUUCAUGCAUUCUGGGAAUAUAAGUUGACAUGUGAUGGGUUUAAUUUAUAAGAGUGAUUCUGUGUGAUCUCCUGCUCUUUGUUAAAUGUUGAAUAAAUUUUAAUGGGAUUUUUCUAAGAA